AUGGCAAGACGGUACAACACGGAGGAAGCGCUGCAAAUCAUCAUGGACCCCGACAAGGAGGAAACGGGGGAGCAGGAGUCCGGUUCCGACUCAUAUGGAUCGGAGUCUGAAAGUGAGAGCGGAGAGGAAGAAUCAGCGGGGUGGAUUUCAAAAAAUGGAACACCUACGAACGCUGAGACGCUCCGCUACGUUCCAGCGGCCACGGGACACACCGGACCCACUUUUUACGCCAUCGCCCGGAUCAUUGACCCACUAUCCAGCUUUUCCCUUUUCCUCACGGAUGACAUUAUCCAACACAUCGUGUCAAUGACCAAUCUCCAGGGGAGACGUCCUAUCGCUGACUGGAGGGACGUGGACAGCGAUGACUUGCGUGCCUAUGUCGGGCUACUAAUUCUGGCCGGUGUUUAUCGUUCCCGAAACGAAGCCACGAUCAGCCUCUGGAGCGAGAAAUCCGGCCGGGUGAUUUUUCGUGCAACCAUUUCGGAGAAAAGGUUUCGCCGCAUCACCAGAGCUGUGCGAUUCGACGACAGACUUGCGAGACCAAGACACUCUGACGACAAACUGGGUCCAUUUCGCAAGAUCUGGGAUAUGUGGACCCAUCGUCUCCAAAUGAUGUUCUUCCCAAACAAAGAAAUUUGCGUGGACGAACAGCUUGUCCCUUUCAAAGGGAGGUGCACCUUCAGGCAGUAUAUGCCCAAAAAGCCGGGGAGGUAUGGGCUGAAGGUAUGGGCGGUGUGCGACGUGGAGACGUCUUAUGCCUGGAGGCUGCAGCUGUACACGGGCAAAGCAGCCGCUGGGCGCGCUGAGACCAACCAGGGUAUGCGAGUGGUUCUGGAGCUGACGGAGGGGCUCCAGGGACACAGCGUCACCUGUGACAAUUUUUUUACUUACUUCCCUCUGUCAGAGGAGCUGCUGAGGAGAAAAAAUACCCUGGUUGGCACCAUUCGGAAGAACAAGCCCGAGCUUCCGCCAGAACUGCUGCAGACAAGGGGGAGAGAAGUUUUUUCCUCCGUGUUUGCUUUCACCUCCACGCAUACGGCCGUCUCAUACGUCCCUCGCCGCGGCAAAAAUGUGCUCCUGUUGAGCUCCAAACAUCGGACUCCAGGAAUCUGCGACGGACCCAAGAGAAAGCCGCACAUAAUAAGGAAUUACAACAAAUCCAAGAGAGGUGUGGACAAACUCGAUCAGGCUGUUAGCACCUACACCUGUAGGAGGCGGACGAGACGGUGGCCGUUAGCCCUUUUCCACCAUCUGCUUGACAUUUCUCUCUACAAUGGCUAUGUCCUGUGGACCGCGGUGGACCCAGCUUGGCAGCGAAGUAAAUCUUACAGGGGGAGGCUCUACAUAGAGCAGGUUGGAGAAGCCUUAGUGCAACCACACAUUGCUAGGAGAGAGCGACUUCCCCGCUCUGUCCACACAGCAGAGUUUGUAAGACAGGCGCAGGCCGCUGCUUCUGCUGAUGCUGCAGAUCCUUCUCCCGGCCCCUCUGCAGCCAUCAAACCAAAGAUGAGGAAGCAAUGUCAGCUGUGCCCAGGAAAAAAAAGCAGGGUCUGCACUGUCUGCUGCAAAUGUGGGAACGGGAUAUGCAAGGACCACAGCCUGACCAUCUGCAGCAACUGCUCCACCUGA